CUUCCCGAUAGGUCGACGACGCGGAAGCUGCUGAGCCACAGUGAAUAUACCUAAUUUGAAUCCAACUACUAAUAUAACUCCAACGUUCUUCCGGUUAUCGUUGCUGAUCCAACUUUUAUUUGAAAUCGUAGACCGCAGACGCUAUUUCUACAAACCUUUUAGCUAACCUAGUGAUUUGCAUUGGUGUGGUGCAACCACAGGCCCAAAACUCCUCCGAAGGUUGACACGUACCCAAACAAAGCCGUUCGUUUUCAAAGUAGGCUCAUCAAGAUGCUUUUCUCAACCCUCCUCCCGCUCUUCCUCUCCACUACGUUCCCCCUGCCCUCAGGGGCCGCGACACCCGUUCCACCGGGGCUCACCCACCUUUUCACAGCCAACGUGAGCAUUGAGCCAGCCAUCGACAUCGGCGUCGGGCCGUACGGGCAGCGGGAGGCCAUACCCAUCAUCGGGGGAACGUUCUCAGGGCCCAGGAUUAACGGCACGAUCCUCAACCUCGGGGCCGACUGGGGCUGGACGGACACGCACGACCCCAGCGGCGCUUCGACGUUCCACCCGGACACGCGGUACCAGCUGCGGACGUCGGACGGGGCGAACAUCUUCAUCCAGACCGAGGGGCCGGCACAGACCGAUGGCAAGAUUCAUCUGAGGGAGAAGUUCGAGACCGGUAGUGCCAAGUACUACUGGCUGAACAACGUGGUGGCCGUUGGGAUCCUGACGGCAGGGAACGGCUAUGUGGUCAUUGAUACAUGGCAGAUCAAUUCACCGGCGGCCUAAACGGAUGGGAAAAGAUAGCCCAGUCAAAACCCGGCCACUGAUUUGGCUUUAUAAGUUGCAAAUAUUCGUGAAGCUGUCAGGCAAUCGGUAUUAAUUGCGAGUAAAUGUGCUUAGCAGCCGA